GGCCCGACGGGCACGUGACGCGCUACGGGCUGGAGUGGCUGGUGAAGAACAGCUACGAGGGGCAGAAGCAGCAGGUGAUGCACCCACGCAUCCUCUGGAACGCUGAGAUCUACCACCAGGCCCACGUCCCCUCCGUGGACUGCAGGAGCUUCCUGGAGACCGACGAGGGGCUGAAGGAGUUCCUGCAGAACUUCCUGCUCUACGGCAUCGCCUUCGUGGAGAACGUCGCCCCCACCAAGGAGGACACAGAGAUCCUGGCAGAGAGGAUCAGCCUGAUCAGGGAGACCAUUUAUGGCAGGAUGUGGUACUUCACCUCUGACUUCUCCCGGGGAGACACAGCCUACACCAAGCUGGCCCUGGACCGCCACACGGACACCACCUACUUCCAGGAGCCCUGUGGCAUCCAGGUGUUCCACUGCCUGAGGCACGAGGGCACGGGCGGGCGCACGCUGCUGGUGGACGGGUUCUACGCAGCAGAGCAGGUUCUGAGGCAGGCCCCCCACCACUUCGAGCUCCUCAGCAAGGUCCCCCUCAAGCACGAGUACGUGGAGAACGUGGGAGCCUGCCACAACCACAUGAUUGGCGUGGGGCCAGUCCUCAACGUCUACCCCUGGAACAACGAGCUCUAUCUGAUCAGGUACAACAACUACGACCGGGGGGUGAUCAACACGGUGCCCCACGACGUGGUGCGCCGCUGGUACGCCGCCCACCGGGCCCUCACCACCGAGCUCAGGAGGCCCCAGAAUGAGCUCUGGGUCAAGCUGAAGCCAGGCAAG